GCGUUUCUUCUUAAGUGUACGUCAGGUCACACUAGAUGAAUACUGUCGCAGUCGACUAAUUUAGUGGCAUUUAAUUUUGUACUUCUUCUCAUUGUAUGCAUUUAUAUUUGCUCGACUGCAGUUUAAAUUUCCAAUGGCGUGUCCUGUAAGUCACACAGCAGCAGAGUUGAACCCAGCAGUCCUCCCUUUAGACUGGCUUCUGGGUACCUGGGAGUCGGACGAGCCUGGGGAGGGCUGCUUUCCCACCAUAAACCCUUUCCGCUACAUAGAGACACUGUACUUCAGCCACGUGGGACAACCAGUCAUCAACUUCAUGUUCAAUGCCUUCCAUGCAGAGUCUAAAAAGCCUCUGCAUAGGGAAUGUGGCUUCAUUCGAGUGCAGCCAGGAACCAACAGAGUGGCCUUUAUCAUCGCACAAAACUCAGGUCUGGUGGAGGUUGAGGAGGGGGAGCUGACAGGGCAGCAGCUGAACCUGCAGACCCACUCUCUGGCCAGAAUUUCUUUUGCCAAGGAGCCACAUGUACAGCAGAUUUCCAGAGUGUUUCAGCUCCGACCAGAUGGGAGGCUGGAGCAGACAGUUUCCAUGGCAACAGACAACCAGCCACUGAUGCAGCACUUGCACAUCACCUACCGUCGAUCAUCUUGACCCAACAAGCAGGCAGGCUUCUUAUACGGAGAAAUACCAUAGUCUGGAAUGACAAAUAAAAAAAACAAAGCUUGAUCAAUAAUCAGUCAGAUAACCAUAUAAUCGAUUCUACAGCUAUGCACAUAACUAAUUCUGUGAUUAUGGUACGCAGAAUUUGGUUGUAGUGUCUGAACAGCGUACCUAUUAAAUUAAACUAAACCAUUAAUGGUGAAUGUUACAUUGCAAACAGGAAUAACAGAGCAUUGUUUAGGCACUACAGUGUAACAGAUGUACCAAGUUCAUGUUACAGUCACAUUAAAAAAUAAUCUACACUGUGUGCAAAAUUAUUAGGCAAGUGAGUAUUUUGACCAUAUCAUCGUUUUUAUGCAUAUUUUCCAACUCUAAGCUGUAUAAACUUGAAUGCUUAUUGGAUUUAAGCAUAUCAGGUGAUGUGUAUUUGUGUAAUGAGGGAGGGUGUGGCCUAAAGAGAUCAACACCCUAUAUCAAGGUGUGCAUAAUUAUUAGGCAGGUUCUUUUCCUUUGACUCUGAAAGGUCAAAAAUUAUAAAAAGCCUUUCAGAGGGAUGCAGCAAUCUUGAAAAUUACUAAGCUAUUGCGGCAUGAUCACCGAACCACCAAACGUUUUGUUGCAAAUAGUCAAUCAGGUCGCAAGAAACGUGUUGAGAAAAAAAAGACGCAAAUUAACUGCUAAAGAUUUAAGAAGAAUCAAACGUGAAGAUACCAGGAACCCAUUAUCCUCCAGUGCCGUCAUAUUCCAGAACUGCAAGCUACCUGGGGUGUCCAGAAGUACAAGGUGUUCAGUGCUCAGAGACAUGGCCAAGGUAAGGAAGGCUGAAAUCAGACCACCAUUAAACAAGACACAUAAGUUGAAACGUCAAGACUGUGCCAAGAAAUAUCUGAAGACAGAUUUUUCAAAGGUUUAAUGGAAUGAUGAGAUGAGAGUGACUCUUGACGGAUCAGAUGGACGGGCCCGUGGCUGGAUCAGUAACAGGCACAGAGCUCCGAUUGGAUGGAAGGCUUAUGACUGUUAUUUAAAGAAGGGUGGCUAUAAAGGUCACUGAAUUCUUUUUUGGAAAUGUCAGAAACGCUUAUUUGUAAAUGAGUUGUUUGUUACUCUCACUUUAACAUGAAAAUAAACAAGUGAGAUGCGAAAAUUUUCGUUUUUCAUUUAGUUGCAUAAUAAUUCUGCACACUAAUAGCUGCCCAUAAAUUGUGCACAAAUUAAUAUUCUCCUAAGAAAACCAAAAACUCACUUUUACUGUCUUAAAUAUUCAGAUUUGAGGUUUAUUAACAUUUUGGAUUGACCGAGAGCACUGUAUUUGUUCAACAGUAAAAUGAAUCCUCAAAAAUACAACAUGCCUAAUAAUUGUGCACGCAAUGUAAAUAAAUGAAGAUUUCAUUCUGCAUUUUCAUGAAGUUGUUAUACUGAAUGGCCUCACUUGUGAUGCAUUAUACUCAGAGAACACUGUUGAUAUUCAUUGUCCAGAUAUUUGAUGUUUGAGCCAUAAAGCUUAUUAUGCACUGAUGAAUGAAUACAGUACAGUGUUACAGUGUUAUCUGCAUUGCACUGAAAAUAACUGUUGUCCUGCUGUAGUCAAUAUACUGUCUUUUGAAUGUGAGAUUCAGAGUUAGAGAAUUAUUUGUAGACUGAGUGGCACUGAAUUUAAAGUUAAGAUUUCAGCUAGUAAAUGUGACUCUUUAAAAGAGUUUUCUUCAUGUGUUUCAUGGUGCUUGAGUUUGGUUGUGAUUGUCUUUGCAUGGCCAGUUUCUUCAGUAUAGAUGUUCUGAUACUGACUACAAUAAAAUAUCACAAAUUAUUUUGCACUUAAUAUGUAUUUAUCCUAAUUAAUUAUGGUCUUACACAUAGUUUUUUGUCCUUAUCGAGAUGAUGUUUAAAGUCGGUUACAAUAAAGUCUUCCUUGUAAAUUAUUAAA